AUGUCAGUUGGACUUGUUAACAGUGCUCACAACACGCUGGACGAGGAGGCGAGGGCCGAGGUCGAUGUUCUUAACUCGCGUCUAGAAAAGACAACACAGUUGACGAGGAAAAUCCAGUCUUGUCUCAACCGGCUUGAAACUACUGGCAAAAGCGUGCGCGAUGUUGCUGGCCCGCUAACUGGGGAGACCAAGCGGCUACAGACUUUGGGAAAUAACGUUGAUUCUGUCCUCGCUGCGAUCGAGCGCCUCCGCCAACCUGCUGAUAGCAAGAAUGACGAAGAACAGAUCAUUCGGGUGGGACCUGAAAAGGCCGGCCUUCCCAACUAUUUGGCUUCCAUAAAGCGUCUGAACAAGGCGUUGAACGAGAUGCAGGCAUCUAACCUGCGCGCGAACCAGCAAACGAUGGCCGAUCUGGCCCGUCUGAUCAAAACGGGCAACAAUCAGCUCGAAAGCCACUUCGAUACCCUCCUUCGCGCAGAAACACCACGAUCCAUCGAGCCUUUACAUUUCAUCACCAAGGACAAGCCAUUCCCUGCGCUUCCUCAGGAUAAGAUCGCUCGGCUUGGACUUGUCUAUUCUUACGUGGCAGGAAGUCAGCAUCAAGGAGGACCGGAGUCCCCAGUUGCCAGGAUCUAUGCUGACGUACGUGGGCCAUACCUCUCUGGAUCCCUCGCCAACCUAGCUGCUGCGAGCGUCAACACGGCCAAGAAGAAGAAUCCCGAUGCUAUCUAUCGAGCAGGCACCAACGGUAUCGGGACCUACGCACAGGCUAUGGAGGGUUUAUUCCUAGCAGAGUAUGACAAUGUGUGCAGCAUCUUCACCCGGGAGGAUUGGGGCGUCGUCUUUCAGGCUACAUGCCAGGCAGCACUGGCCGAGCUGGCACGCACUUUGCGCGAACUGAAUGCCCACAUUAAGAAUCACCUCAAUACAGACUGCUAUCUGGGAUACGAAGUCACCGAGAUUGUUUCGGCGCUGUCCGGCAACCUGGACACACGAACCGGCGAGCUAAAAGGGGCUCUCGCCGCCGCUCUGAAACCCGUUCGAGAGACCGCCAAGUCGUCUCUUGCCGAAUUACUGGAGGAUACAAGACGCAAGGUUGCGUUCUUGCAGGUGUUGCCGUCAGAUGGCGCACCGAUACCACUUGUUUCGGAAACGAUGCAGCGUUUACAGGCCAUGGUGGAGUUCCUGCGACCGAUCUCAAGCAUCAUGAUCUCUAUCGGCGAUGGUGGAUGGAAAUCUAACGCGGGACCCAACAACCGAUCGGCAGAUGUGAUCCCGAGCCUCGCGUCUUUCGAUAUUGGGGCAGAUGGCCGAGACAUUUUUGCCCACUACUGUCUCGACACCAUCGAAACGCUUCUCUCGGGUCUGGACCAAAAGGCGCGGUUGCUCCUCAAGACAAGAGCGGUUGCGGGAGUAUUCAUGGCCAACACCGUCAUCAUCAUCCAACGCAUGGUGCGUGACUCCGAUCUAUCGCCCCUGUUGGAAUCGAAGCUGGAUGUUCUCGAUCAAUGGCGGAAGAAGAGCACAGCAGCAUACACGGAUAUUUGCAAAGACCUCUCAGUGCAUCUUUUUGACACUAUCCACACAAAUCGCUCACACCGUCCCACUUCUGGACCCGUUGAUUCGGCGUCCAUCAUCAAGGCGCUCGGAAGUAAAGACAAGGACAAGAUCAAGGAGAAGUUUACGCAAUUCAACAGCGCGUUUGAUGACAUGGUCUCCCGGCACAAGUCAUACAGCAUGGAACGUGAGGUCCGCAAGAUGUUCGGAGAGGAUAUCCGCCAGAAACUGCAGCCGCUCUACGACCGCUUUUGGGAUCGCUACCACGAAAUUGACAAGGGCAAAGGCAAAUAUGUCAAGUAUGACAAAUCUUCGAUUGCUGCCGUUUUCCUCAGCCUUGCGUCAUAA